AUGGAGAAACCAUGGAAGUAUGACGACUGCGGGAAAGGCUUCCGUGUCCCGUCUGCCCUGGAGACACAUCGGCGCAGUCACACCAGGGAGAAGCCAUUCUCCUGUCCUGAGUGUGGGAAGGCCUUCAGUGAUUCCUCCGCCCGGCUGAGGCACUUGCGGGUUCACACAAGGGAGAGGCUCUUCAGCUGCCUCAAGUGUGGGAAGGCCUUCAGUGAUUCCUCCGCCCUGAUGAGGCACCAGCGGGUGCACACAGGGGAGAGGCCCUUCCGCUGCCCCGAUUGUGGGAAGGUGUUCACUCGCUCCUCCCACCUCGUGAUUCACCGGCGGGUCCACACCGGUGAGAAGCCCUUCCCCUGCCCAAAAUGUGGGAAGGCCUUCAGCGAUUCCUCUGACUUGGCUCACCAGCGGGUCCACACCUAG